CUGAGCGGGCGCCGGCGGGAAGGGGAAGCGGCGGGUAAGAGGGGCCUCCGUCCCGGUGCGUCUGUGACGGAGGUGGGGGUUUCCUCUUCGGCUCUCCCGGCUAUCGGGAGCCUGAGAAGCAGAGUGAGAGGAGCCUCUGGAACCGGCGUGCGGCCGCCGCUCGCAGUCGCAGUGUUUGCGCCCUCCCCGGGCGUCGUUUGGGCCGGCCCGCUCCUGCCUCUCCUCUCCCCGCCCCCACGGGGCAGGCCGAAGGCCGAGCCGCUGGCCCGUCUGCUGUCCCCAGACAGGUCUGAGAUGCCUUCCCCGCCAUUUAGGUAGCGCCGGCAAGUUGAUCCUCCUUUAGUGUCGCAGCAACGUAGGGCUGGCCCUCCAGGUCCAGCCCCUACUGCAAGCACAAAGAGCCUCAUUCUUUGGACGCUCGCUCGUCCUUGGAUUCUUUCUGUCACCCUCUACGGGAGCAGUUUACCAGAUGCUCUGGGCGCUGAAUUCAAGGCCACUAGACAUAGGUUCUCUGUAGUUCCCUGGGCGUCUCCACCGUUUCCUGAUAAUCUGCCUUUCAAGUUUGCGUCUCUUGAGGCAUGUGCCUUACAUUCCUAUGCAGUGUCCCGGAAUUAUGCUCUUUCCUUUUGGAAAUACGGUCACCCCAGGAUAGGACCGGAUUAUGGGCAACAGUCCUUUUAAUUAAUUUAUCAUCAUCAUGGCUAGUGAGGGCUGUUCCAAGGCGGGUGAUAGUCCUUUUUCAUCAGAUAAACAUGCCCAACUCAUCUUGGCCCAGAUCAAUAAAAUGAGGAAUGAACAGCAUUUCUGUGACGUGCAGCUGCAAGUUGGGAAGGAGACUUUUCAAGUUCAUCGGCUGGUUUUGGCUGCCAGUAGUCCUUACUUUGCAGCUUUGUUCACUGGAGGAAUGAAAGAGUCUUCAAAAGAUGUUGUACAGAUUCUAGGAAUUGAAGCUGGAAUCUUUCGAAUACUUCUAGAUUUCAUUUACACAGGUAUAGUGAACGUAGGUGUGAAUAAUGUCCAGGAGUUGAUUGUUGCUGCGGACAUGCUACAGUUGACUGAAGUUGUCAAUCUUUGUUGUGAGUUUCUGAAGGGACAAAUUGAUCCGCUGAACUGUAUUGGGGUCUUUCAGUUCUCAGAGCAAAUUGCCUGCCAUGAUCUUUUGGAAUUCACAGAAAACUACAUUCAUGUCCAUUUCUUGGAGGUUCAUAGUGGGGAAGAGUUCCUGGCACUUACAAAAGAUCAGCUGAUCAAAAUUUUGCGAAGUGAAGAGCUUAGCAUUGAGGAUGAAUACCAGGUCUUCUUAGCUGCAAUGCAAUGGAUUCUGAAAGAUCUAGGAAAGAGAAGAAAAUAUGUGGUGGAAGUGCUAGACCCAGUUCGAUUCCCUUUAUUACCUCCUCAGAGGCUUCUAAAGUAUAUAGAAGGAGUAUCUGAUUUUAACCUUCGUGUUGCGUUGCAAACACUUUUGAAAGAGUACUGUGAGGUGUGCAAAUCUCCCAAAGAGAACAAAUUUUGUGGUUUUCUGCAGACAUCUAAGGUUCGACCAAGGAAGAAAGCAAGAAAGUACCUGUAUGCAGUAGGUGGAUAUACUCGGUUGCAGGGGGGUCGUUGGAGUGAUAGCAGAGCCCUCAGCUGUGUAGAACGUUUUGACACCUUCAGCCAGUACUGGACCACUGUGUCUUCACUUCAUCAGGCUCGGUGUGGACUUGGAGUAGCAGUUCUUGGAGGGAUGGUCUACGCUAUUGGAGGUGAAAAGGAUUCAAUGAUUUUUGACUGUACUGAAUGCUAUGAUCCAGUUACUAAACAGUGGACAACUGUAGCUUCCAUGAAUCAACCCCGAUGUGGCCUGGGAGUGUGUGUGUGUUAUGGGGCUAUCUAUGCUUUGGGUGGAUGGGUUGGAGCUGAGAUAGGGAAUACCAUUGAAAGGUUUGAUCCUGAUGAAAAUAAGUGGGAACUAGUUGGCAACAUGGCUAUGUCACGCUACUACUUUGGCUGCUGUGAAAUGCAAGGUUUAAUUUACGUAAUUGGGGGCAUCAACAAUGAAGGAAUAGAGCUUCGUUCUUUUGAAGUUUAUGAUCCACUUUCUAAGCGUUGGUCUCCACUUCCUCCAAUGGGAACCAGGAGAGCAUAUCUUGGAGUGGCUGCACUCAAUGACUGCAUCUAUUCUGUUGGCGGGUGGAAUGAGACACAAGAUGCUCUUCAUACUGUAGAAAAAUAUUCCUUUGAAGAGGAAAAGUGGGUUGAAGUUGCCUCAAUGAAAGUGCCCAGAGCAGGCAUGUGUGUUGUGGCAGUCAAUGGGCUUCUGUAUGUUUCUGGAGGUCGAUCUUCCAGCCAUGAUUUCUUGGCCCCAGGUACCUUGGACUCAGUUGAAGUUUAUAACCCUCAUUCAGAUACAUGGACAGAAAUCGGUAACAUGAUCACCAGUCGUUGUGAAGGAGGUGUUGCUGUGUUAUGAAAUGGAAAGCAUAAGAGAGCACAAGAAACAUUUUGAAAAUACAGAAUCUGACCUUUUGCAAAUCACAUAUGUAUUUGGUGACAGGACCCUCUGAUUCUAUUGAAUUUUCCAUGUUUUGGUAGAUAAAUAACUAAAGAAUGAUUCUUCUAAGAAUUUAAGUAAGAAAGGAUAUGGUAUAUAUCCUAAAUCAAUGAAGAGCUCACAAAAAUUUGCCAGCUCUACCAACAGAAAUGCUGUUUAUGCUCUACUCCAGUUAGGGGUAGAGUCCUAUUUGUAAAAAUGAUUUGCUAGAAGCUUCUUGGCAAAUAGCCCCUCUAAAUGCUUCUCCAGUGCAAUUCAAGCUGUAACAUGACCCUUAUGUGAUAAAAGACUAUUAGUGAGACACUUUAAAGAUAUCUGUACAUUCAUGAUUCAAUCCAGAGCACAAUUUUCUGUGGCCAUAGUUUAACCUACAGAGAAAAGCCAAUGAAACAACUUCCUACUUUUGAUGGCCAGGAGUGUUCACUAGCCCCAAACUUUUUAUUGGCAGCAUAUAUACUGGGAGGACAUGUGGGAAAUAUCCAGCAAUUUAUUUAGAUAGAUAAGUUUUCACCUGGUGAUAACAGCAUUAAAAAAGCUUUUGCUCACUUACGUUUUCUGUCUUCAUGCUGAGAAUGCAAGUGAGCAAUUUAUAGGAGGUUUUUAGAGAUAGUCCUUUAUUGCAAUAGGAUGAUGUAAUGGGUGAUAGAGCCCAGCAGGUGGUAUGUGCCUAGUAAAUUUCUUCCCUAUUUUCUAAAGUCACCAAAAAUAUGUUUGGCUUUGGGAAGAGAGAAUUGUAUUAGAUUAUCAAGCUUUGAGAAGCCUACUUGUACUUGGGCAAGCCGAAGUAUGAGCUUUCUACAAAGCUACUGCCUGGUUUGGAGAAGGUGGAAUUGUAGGUACCUGUGAAACUUUUUAUAGACACUGACUCAUAAGUCUAAGUUGAAAGACCUCUGAUCCAAAACUUCUCUUUUCCCCCUGAGAAGCAUUCUAAAGAAUUGUUCUCUGUCUGCUUCUGAGAGGAAGUUUCUCCAUGUACAUGAUCAUCACUUCUGUUAUUUCUACUACUCAGUUGGAGCCAUGUCUAUUAAAGGUCUUUCAUACAUUUAGGUUUCCCUGCUGAUUCCAGGAUUUGAUUUGUAUAUCCCUGAUUUCCUCUUUUCUUUACUAAAGUCCUUCAACAUACUGUUACAGGCAUCAGCAGCUUAUUUAGAUAGAAAACCUUUGGUAAGCAUUAGACUCAGGUUGCACUCAUAUCCAAAAUAUUUGGAUUGGCCCACAAGGAUACUUUCUUUCAUAACUUAACCAUAUGCAUGUUUUAAGAAAAGCUUAGGUACUACAGACAGAAAACUCUGUGUCCCUUUCUUUGGGGCAUCCUGAGUCUGAAGGGUCACAGAUGCCUGGUUGGUAUCUGUAAAAUGUCAAGGAAUGAAGUAUCAAGAUGAUUUGUAGAUUAUUUAAGCUCUAACUCAUGUGCCUUUAAUAUUUCUAGUUACAGAGAAUCUGCAUUCUGGUUCAAAAGAGCUUUAUAAAAUGCUCCUAUAAUUGAAGCCAUUAUAUAAUUGGCACCAUUAUUACGUGGUCCCAACCUAAAAUGGCACUGUGAAGGGAGGCAUUUUGUAUGCUGUGGCAGAAAUGUAAUGUCAAGACAAUCAGUGUUUGCGCUUAAUAGAUGCAGACAAUCCCUGAAAAUAGGUAAUUGUAAACAUGCUUAUUAUUUCCUAAGUAAUGACAGAUUGUUUUAAAAAGAAUGUACUAAUAAAGUAUCUCGAUUUUUGA